AUGGCGUCGAACGACGACGGCCCUGGGGGUGAGGUAGAAGACAUCUCAUGCCGGAUCUGGAUAGGGACAAUAGUCACCGUGGUUCCUGCGACGAUCGCGGUUGCGCUACGAUUCGUAUCGCGGCACAUUUCGCGAGCUGGUUUUUGGUGGGAUGAUUGGGUUAUUGCUGUUUCGUUGGUGGUCAACUGGGGCAUGGACAUCACACGCUGGGUUCAGGUUCUCAUGUAUCAAUUCGGGAGGCAUCACGGUGAUGUGCCUGUGAGCGAUGUAGUCGAGUAUCAGAAGAGCUUUAUCGCAAUCCAACUAAUAUACUUCACGAACGCCGUGCUAACAAAAUCUUCCCUCCUACUUUUAUACCAACGCAUCUUCGGUAUCGUGCGGUCCUUCCGCAUCGCUCUCGCCAUCUCCUGGUUCCUGAUAAUCGGCUACUUUAUCGCAUGCGCAAUUGCCUCCAUCGCAGGCUGUCUGCCCGUCUCGUACGUCUGGACCCGCUACGAGACACCGCCAGGCCCAGGCUCCUGCUUCAACGAAGUCGCCUUCUUCCGCUGGAACGGCAUCGCGAAUAUGCUCCUUGAUAUACUCAUGCUUAUCUUGCCGCUGCCGAUGGUUUGGAGGAUGAGGAUGUCGAGGAGAAGGAGGCUACUGCUUACGGGCAUCUUCGGAAUGGGCGGCUUCGUCUGCGUCGUCUCCCUCCUCCGAAUAAUUUCAUUCAACCAGGCGAACCGCGACGACCCAACCUUCACGCAAAUCUACUCCUCAACAUGGUCCUCCGUAGAGCAAGGCGUCGGCAUAGUCUGCGCCUGUCUUCCAACACUACGCCCCCUCCGCCGCCUCUGGACCGAUAUGCGGAAACGGGGCUCCGCCGGAACAGGAACAGCAACAUCCAAACGGGAUAUGGAUAAUUCAUCCUCACCUCCCGAGUCGAAGCGGUCGUCGAGAUGUGCCUCGGGGCGAAGUCACGAGCCAGCCCUUAAGCUUGGAAAUGGGCAUGGAAAUAGCGGGAGGCCGUGGCUUGGUGGUGGUGGGGAACAUGAGAUAGAAUUGUCUUUACCUGCGGCAGUCUAUACGAUGCCUGAUCUGUUUAAGGAUUCGUUUGAUGAUGAUAGGAAUGUGAAGGAACGGAGAGGGCGAGAUGAGGAGGAAGUAGAGGGAGUGGAGUUAGUAUUGUCCCUGUCCCUUACCACGAGACAACAGGCAAGUAGUAUCAUGGAUGAUCACCAAGUAUUGAUCACUUUAUUGGAUAUACCUUGA